CAGACAGUACACUUGCCAAAACAUCAGCUGGUAUCGUUAUCAACUUAUCAUGGCAUAAUCAGUAACAUUAUCGAAUUACAAAAUUGAGCAGACUACGGCUUUACGGGCUGCGUGGACAACGUGACAAGUACCUGCUAAGUCGGAGAGGCACGUUAUAGUAUUUCACUGACAAAGAGCUGCGUUACCAAAUUGACGAUGAGUCGACGGCAGAAACGAGAAGACAAGAAGAAAGAUUUUGAGGUGGUUCAUCUUGAUGACCUUGGCGAGAGUUCACCAGACGCACAUGAUGAUCAAGCAGGUGAUGAGAAUUUGUGCCAGAACAUGCUUAUCUAUAACAAGGACAUCGAUGACAUGCUAGAUGACCUCGACGAUGACUCGGGAUCAGAUUAUGGUCCAGUCCAUACAUAUAAUACUACACCACACAGUUCAAUAUACUGGCAGGCACAGCCAGCUUCGUCAAGGUACACAUCGUAUGAACAGAACUACCAAGACAGAAUAAGAGAACACAGUAGUGAUGAUGAGUUUCCUGGGCUACGAGGGAUGGUAGCUUCCCGUGUUCAUGACGAUGAUAUAUGUGCUGACAGUGCGAGCCGUCCAAGUAGCUCUACGGAUGACGACAACCAAAGCGAGACACGUAGCUCCCUUGAUGAUCAUUUUGUCUCUAUAAAAAGGGUUCGAAGACCGACGUCGAACGCUGAUAAGAAGAAGAAGAAGAAGAUGGCAAAGCCUGGCGAUGAACCUGUGCCUUCCGUUAAGUUCGCUGCUGGUUCAAGUCCCAAGACCAUCGAUGUGGUACGAUCACGACAAGAACCGAUACCUAUUCCAUCGUCGCCAACUGAGCCAGGCAAGUCAUAUGUCUCUGAUGAUGACAGAGUCGGCGUACCACAAGCACCACUAGUGCCAGGAGUACCACUGCCACCACCCCCAGAACCACCAGCGCCAGGAGAACCACCACCACCACCACCACCGCCGCCGCCGCAGCCGUCGCCGCCGCCGUCGCCACUUUCACCACUGCCUCGUGAGCCGUUGCCGACACUCAUGGGUUCGCACAGGCCACCAACACGGAGAAGAGAUGACGAACCAUUGUUCCCAUUCAGAACUAUGCCUUCACCACCAACUCAGCCGGGAAAUGUAGGUUUCGGCGAGGAUGACUUAGUAGGCAUACCAAGUUCGCCACCUCCAAAUCAACCAAUGCCGGUACUCAUGGGAACAAGAGCACCAAUGAGCGCACCUGCACCAAUAUCACAGCAUGCUCGAGGCAUCCACAAGUCCCAAAAAUUGAGCAUGAUUAAAGCACUACUUGAAAAAGGAAAGAAGGGAGCGGAGGAAGUUUUCGAUAUCCUGAUUCGUUCCGUUAAGUUAGACAAGACUGACGCUACCAUGCGAAUUCUGAAGGCUCUUAAACAGAGUAAGGAAGACCUCUGCGAUGCAAAAUAUCGAGAGAAGGAGAGCACGGCUUCUCUGUUACACGUCGCGCUGCUGUACCAGAGGACAUACCUUUGCAAAAUGUUGAUUGGUCAAUAUCCCGGUUUGCUCAAAGGAAAGUACACCUCUGAUGAUUAUCGGAACCAGACUUGUUUCCACAUCGCUGCGGCAAAUGACGAAUAUGGAGAAAUAAUCCGUUUUAUGUUGAAAAAUCUGCCUGACACAGAGGUGAGGCGAGAGUUGCUCAACACUGUCGCCGACGGAAGUUACUUCGUUGAGGAGAGACCAGAGGCAGCAACUUGUCUGUCAGCCGCCGCAUGGACGGGCCAGGUUCACAUGAUCGGCAUAUUGGUAGAUGCGGGGGCGGACCUACAUCUCCGCAGCAUUGAUGGUGACACUCUCUUACAUUUCAUCAUCUAUCUGUCAACAGCAGGUCUCAACUUGCAGAAGGCAAAGGCUUGCAUCCAGGAAGUCUAUACUUGGUGCGACGUAUGGUGGGCCCGUUACAACAACAAAACUGCUCAGUCACGAUCGGCAGGACAGAGUGAUCAGAUGCGUUUCGAUGGGUUUUGUCAUCUGCUAAGCCUCCGGAAUGAUUCUGGGUUAAUUCCAGUAGCACUUGCCGUCAGCAUCCACUCUCCCUUGACGCCCUUCCUCCUGAGUUUCGAACCCAUCUACAAACGACCACAGUCCAAAUUCGGAGCGGUUGCCUGGGCAUCAUACGAUGUCACGGACAUCUUGAGUUACAAACCAGAUCAAGGUGGGACCUUUAAACGAUAUGAUUGCAGCUCGGUGUUCCAUAUUCUGGCUCACACAAAGCGAGUUCUGGCAAGGUCCGAUGACGACGUCAAACAGAAAGAUAUCGCAGAGUUGGAACCGAUCAAUUCGGCAAUAGAGAUGAAAUGGUCUGUCUACAGGUGGCUGUAUAUACUCUGGUGCCUCAUCCAUGCCACCUACAUGAUCACAUUAACCACUGUUGUCCUCGACUUGCACAAGAACAAACCAAACGAGAGUGUCACUCUGUCUUACCAGCAUCCAACCACAGAGGCACCUAUCAACAUUUCGACGAACUUUGUCGUUUCCAACAACGAUGUAAAUACAGCACUUUUCGGAGUUUUCCUAGUUAUUCCUGCGUUUUACGUCAUCUUCGAAGUGGUGGACUUGCUCGUCUGCUUGCUUGGUUUUGGGGUUCCAAAUCGGAGUAAAAGCGGUCUUAAGAGAAAGAAUAAGGACAAACGCCUGGUUUCCUAUCUCAUAAACAACUGCACAAUCACUGGCAAUGCGCCGUAUCGUCUGCUAGCAUUCAGUUUUGCUUUCUGUAUGUUCACAUGGUAUGGAAUGUUCUCGUGCGGAAACGCCAGCUGCGACAUACCCCUGUCCUUGGCAUUGAUUCUUGGCUGGAUUUUCAUGCUGAAUUUCACACGCGCUUGCCGUCACGUCUGCCGGUUCUCCAUCAUGAUCCAGAAGAUGUUCUUCCGCGACUUCCUCUACUUCAUUACAGUCUACAUGUUCAUCCUGAUCGCGUUCUCCUCCGCGCUACACCUGGUUCUCUCGCCUGGCCCUAGUGUAGGAAAUACCGUCAUGGGCCUUCUUAACAUCGUUACAAACGCCGGCGACGCGGAAGGGGAAGGAGAGCUGACUCAAAAACACUACGCAGCCGCUGUGCUGAGUAUGUACGCCAUCUUGUCUGUCAUCCUUCUCCUGAACAUGCUGAUCGCCAUGAUGAAUACAUCGUACGAAUCCGUGAAAAGCUCCAAGAUGAAUCUGUGGCGGUACCAGCAACUGUCCAUUCUCCUGCUUCUGGAGAGGCGCUUCAUCUGGUGGGGUUGGCUCUGCAGGAAGUCACAGUCAGAGACAAAGAGGUUCACGCUACCUUGGUCUGGCGGGGGACAGCACCAAAGAGUAUUCCUUGACGUCACGGAGGAUAAAAUGAAGUCAUAAUUUGAAACUCGACAGCUUCAGAUAACAACCUGUUAGAAAAUAAUAACAAGAAGUACAUGUAUAUUCACAUACCCCAGAAAACUAUUAGCCAUUCCGAUAGCUUUUCAGACCAUUACUUAUUUGUGCUUGCUGCUUGCUGCGUGCCGCGUGCUAUCUCUGAUCGAAUGCGUGUACAUUUACAUUAAACGGACGAAACAAGCUCUGUCCGAUUGGUUGCAAGAGGACAUGUUUGGAGAAGGAGGAGGCUUUCGUGCACAUAAAAAUAUUGAUUAGGGUUUUGUAGCAAAUCAUAUGAUAACUUGAAAUUUCAUCGUUAAUGGGAGAGUAUACUCCAGUCUGUAAAAAUGUGUACAAUGUCUUAUAAUUGAAGUCUUCAUUUGAAAUUUGACACCGAUGGCAACAGUCUGUUUGAUAAUAAUUAUUUACGGUCGAUUACCUAACCUGUACCUCUUAAAAUUAUUAGCCAUAUAGCCAGUAGCUAUUCAAGAUCAUGUUAAGUAGUAUAUGUGCUUGUUGUUUGUUUUGUCCUCCUGAUGAGUAAUCAUAAAGGGACUUGUAUGGACAAGGAGGCUUUCGUGCAGAGAAACUCAUUGAUGCGUCAUGUAGCCAUGAUUUGCCACCACUAAUUUCUCGAGGAACACUGAUGAAAUCCAGUCAAUUACAUAAACUUGACAUCGUUAAAGGUUAGAAUUAUUUCCGGCAUCAUGAACACUACGCAAUGCUUGGGUGACAUUAUGUGUUCGACAUGAGAGUUUCGCAUUACCUUGGACAAUUGAACUACUAUCGUCAUCCUCCGACAGCUAACUUCCUGUAAAGAUAACAAUGAAAGCAGCCGCUGGUGCAAUGUUUCUUUUCAUUUGCACCACAGAUUGAUCUCACGGCCGAUAUUUCGCACCUGAUGUAACAAAGUAGCCAGUCUGUAUUUAUUGCGAGGUUACAUUAGUGGUUCACUCUCACCUUCCGGACUGUACAUGCACACAAAUGAUCCUUGAGAUAUUGAAAGCUUUUGUGGCUGAUUCCAGGUUAAGAGAUCACCAGAUUAACGCCCAGGCUCUGUCUUUUGUUUGCUUUGUAAAGAGUUCUGAUCGAAGAUCGUGUACCCGAACAAUACAAACUGAAGUACACACAGAUUCCAGGCUUUCGGGCGAGUCACUCCGUGGAAUGGUUGGAAUCGGCGCAAGGAGACCGAGGCCGAUCGAUAUUGACUAUGUGUUCAGUGCUCGUAUGCCAAUAGGCCUAUGCGUUCUGAAUCUAGAUUUAUCACUUCAUGUCUUUUCGACGAUUUCAUCAGCCUGAAGUUGGUCGCUUUUUCCUUCUUUUCGAUUCUCAACUCUAUAACCUAUUCCUGAUUCUCAAUUCAAGAUCAUUAGUGGGUUAGAGUUUGUUAUCAAAUGGAAUGAAUACCUGUGUUUUUGCAACUGUGCCAGGCCAACCAAACAAUGACCGUCCCAGGAUCAGAAAGAAGUACCGCGGCCGGGUAGUUGAGAAAAAGAAUGAGUAGAAUCGAUGAAUAGGAAAUAAGUAGACAACUCGUCCUGAUGGCGGGAGGUGUCUCCCCGAUAAAUCAUUUCAUUCCUUGCACGAAAGAGAGCUCUGUAAUAAAAUAACUGAAUA